AUGUCAUCUCUACCUGCGACCCCACCCCUCUCUGGUGUACGAUAUGACGAAUCGGUACAUGGGCCGAAAGUCAAGGAAGGGGAGACGUGUAGUGCAAGUAGGGACAGUGAGUACAUUCUGCAAUUACAACAUGCAAUAUCUUUGGACAUCGCAGGAGUAGAGGACAAAACCAAAUCCUUCGAGUCUAUCGAUAUUGCAAAGAUCACUCCACCAGAAUUCGACAAGAGCCCUGAGUAUUCUAUCCAGCUUCCAAUCGAAUUGUGGGAGAAAGUGAUCGACUAUCUCGCAGACGAGUGGAGGGAUGAUUACAAGUACGACGGUGCACGGAUGCGAGAGUUGGGGAGGGUGUGUCGGGGAUGGCAUGCACGAUGCCGCUUUCGUGGUCGCAAGAUGCUGGAUGUGAAGCACAUAGACAAAGAAGAGGUGUAUCGCCUGAUCAACACACUGGACCAGGACCCCGAGCGAUGCCGUGUCAUCGAGGCGGUCUCAUUCAAGUUGCGAUACACAUUGAUCAGCAUCUUCGGGUCGUUUACCGUGUGCAUGGCACAGAAACUGCCUCGAGUCGAGUGGCUUAGACUGAUGAAAGUGUUUUGGGUAACUGAGCGAUUACACGCGCAGGUCUUCGUCCAUGUGACUCUCGCAUUCGGGUCGGUCAGAAUCCUCGAGCUCAACAUUACAAAGUUCCCUUCUGCGUUGGUUUUUGGCCGGCUUUUGCGUGCGCUCCCCCGCCUCUCUUCCCUCAAAUGCCAUAGUGUGUACUUCGAGAAGCGCUGCAAUGUUACCGGCAGAGUCUGGCCAUGGGUGCGGUAUCCCCUUCGACUCGAUGUUGUCGAAGUGUCGGACAGCAACGAUGUCGUCGACUUCCUUGCGUUGAGCGGAGCACGCCUCUGCCAUCUCGUCUGCUGUGACCCAAACCUGGAGAAGCUGUCGGAGCUGGUCACUGUGUCCGCCCAGUCGCUCUCGUCCCUGAAGAUCGCACCACAGUACGCAAAUUUUACUCCUGACAAAGGCACGUCAGCCAAGCUGUCUGUUAGGACACUGAAAUGGUAG